AUGUCUUUCUCUUAUUCUAGAAUCAAGGAACAGAGAACCGAUCACUCUAUUAAGCUAUUCGGCCCUGAUCAUCCGUUCAGACAUAUCACUAUAGUAAAGGAUUUCAUCCAAAAAGAGUUCAAACAGUACGAGAAUCUAGUGAAAUAUAACACUUCUGUUGAAUUGAUCGCUAAAAGGGCUACGAAGUGGGUUGUCACUUUAAGAGAGUUUAACAGAGACAAGGAUAACCAAGACUAUUGGUAUCAGGAUUCUUAUGAUGCCGUAAUUGUUGCCAAUGGACACUAUUCGAUCCCAAAUAUACCAAAUCUUUUAGGGUUAUGUGAAGCUCAGAAGGUAAAUAGGGGCUUAAUUCAGCACACCAAUUCAUUUCGAAAUAUCGAUGAUUAUAUUAAUAAAAGAAUUCUUGUGGUAGGAACAGGUAUAUCAUCUAUAGACUUGGUUAGCGAUAUUUUACCCGUUGUAAAAAGCCCUCUUUUUGUAUCGUCGAGAGGUGAGAAGCCAAGAAACGAUUUUAAUGACUCUUUCAAAAUAAAUGAGAAUCUUAAAAUUAAACCUGAAAUAACAAGAAUAGAUGUAUCCGAAAAUAAAGAAAAAUUGAUAGUAUAUUUCGAAGAUGGCACAUCGCUCGAAGAAAUCGACAAGCUAAUACUUGCAACAGGAUAUGUCUAUGAUUAUCCCUUCUUCAAAGACAAUGAAAUUAUCGUUAAUAGUAAUAAUCGAGUGGAGAAUUUGUUUCAGCACAUAUUCAAAAUCGGUGAUCCAACUUUGUCCUUUGUUGGAAUAGUUAUUGCUUCUAUCACAUUUAGGAUUUUUGAAUACCAAUCUACUUUGAUAGCAAGGGUUCUUGCUGAUAGGUCGAAUCUACCCAGCCUUGAAAAGCAAAAGCAAUGGGAAUUAGAAUUAUUGUGCAAAAAAGGGAACUCUCCAGCCUUCCAUGCUAUUCCUCCAGAUUAUCAAACUUAUUAUGAAGAUUUAAUAAGAUUGGCAGGAAAAGGUAAUGGAAUUGGGCACCAGCUUCAGCCUUUCGAAGAAUCAUGGCUUGAGAUUCUAGAUAGAGCCAAAAAAUUAAAGCUAAAAUAUUGGAGCCGCAAUAAUGUUUCGUCUCACGAUAGGCUCGAUUCAAAUUCUGAAGCUACACUAUAA